AUGGCACGCUACGUCGGCUUUGCCGCACCUCCUGCUUCUACUGGCUCCGUCAAGCUGGACGCCGCUGUUCAGAAAGCCACUGCUCAGACGCCUGAAAAGCUGAGCGGUCUUGCUCUUUACUCUCGCUUUGCCUUCGCUGGUGCCGUCUGCUGUUCAAUCACUCACGGUGCCUUGACUCCUGUCGAUGUCGUCAAGACCCGUAUUCAACUUGACCCGGUCACUUACAACCGCGGUUUGAUUGGCAGCUUCCGCCAGGUCGUCGCCAACGAGGGUGCUGGUGCUCUUCUGACUGGUUUUGGCCCUACUGCUGCCGGUUACUUCUUGCAGGGCGCCUUCAAGUUUGGUGGCUAUGAGUUCUUCAAGCAACAGGCCAUCAACACUGUAGGCUAUGAGAAUGCUUCGAACAACCGCACUGCUGUCUACCUUGCUUCGGCUGCCGCCGCUGAAUUCUUCGCUGACAUCGCUCUGUGCCCCUUGGAGGCCACCCGUAUCCGUCUUGUGUCUGAGCCCACUUUCGCCUCAGGUCUUAUGAGUGGAUUCAGCAAGAUCGCUAAGACUGAGGGUUUCGGCGCCUUCUACUCUGGUUUUGGCCCCAUCUUGUUCAAGCAGGUCCCGUACACCAUGGCCAAGUUCGUCGUCUUCGAGAAGGUCGUUGAGGCUGUCUACAAGAAGAUUGACAAGUCCACUCUUUCCAAUGGUUCCCAGACCGUGGUUAACCUUGGCUCCGGUCUUGUUGCUGGUUUCGCUGCUGCCAUUAUCUCUCAGCCCGCUGAUACCAUGUUGAGCAAGAUCAACAAGACCAAGGGUCUUCCUGGUGAGGGCACUACCUCGCGUUUGAUCAAGAUCGCCAAGGAGCUUGGCCUCCGUGGAAGCUAUGCUGGUAUUGGUGCUCGUCUCUUUAUGGUUGGUACUCUGACUGCUGGUCAAUUCGCCAUCUACGGUGAUAUCAAGAAGGCCUUGGGUGCCACCGGCGGUGUUGAGAUCGCCAAAUAA